CACACAAACAACCAGCCUGAUCCAUCCAUCCAAAAUUAUUUCCAAUGGCAUCAACUUUCUCCCCCUCAGCCCUGCUCUCCACCACCACCUCCACCUCCUCAACUCCUUCCAAACCACCACAAUUCAAACCCCAACUCACCAUUCCACCCUCUAAGCCAUCCUCAAAUAACUUAACCACCACGUUAACCGCAGCCUUAGCUGCAGCCACUAUCCUGACAUCCACAACUCCCUCUCUGGCAGACUCAACUUACCAAACAUACUAUGGCACUGCUGCCAGUGCAGCCAAUUAUGGCGGAUACGGUGGCAACUCCAACAAGAAAGACUCUGCAGAGUACAUUUACGACGUGCCAGAAGGAUGGAAAGAAAGAUUAGUGUCUAAAGUUGAGAAGGGGACUAAUGGAACUGACAGUGAGUUCUACAAUCCAAAAAAGAAAACUGAGAAAGAAUAUUUGCUAUAUCUUGCAGGGAUUCGACAAUUGGGACCGAAAGAAGCUAUACUCAAUAACUUGGCAUUAUCUGAUGUAGACUUGCAAGACCUCAUUUCUAGUGCAGAUAGUGUUACUUCUGAAGAAAGGAAUGAUGAUAAAGGCCAAGUCUAUUACGUAUAUGAGAUCGACGGGGUGGCUAAGCAUAGCUUAAUAUCGGUUACUUGUGCAAGGAACAAGCUCUACGCGCAUUUUGUUAAUGCGCCAACACCAGAAUGGAAUAAAGAUAAGGAAACUUUGAGACAUGUCCACGAGUCUUUUAAAACUAUUGGAGUUUAACUAUGUAAGUUGUUAUUGGAAGAUUUUGAAAGAAACUAUACUCAAAGGCUUUCUUAUAUGAAGCCUUUUUUAACUUCUUUAAGGAAUGAAGAGUGCCUAUAUGAUCUAUCUAUUAAUCAAGAAUUGUGAAUACUGAUAUUCUCUUUAUUUUA